AGGAAGUGACGAAUGUAGCCACGAGCGUGACGAACGGCUCGUUCGAAAAUACAACAAGGAAGUGACCGUUUAUUGUAAAGGAAAAUAAUCACCGGAUAAAUCCUCUCUCCGAGCCGUGGGGUCGCUUCGCUCGGUUGUUGGGUGUCGGGGGGGCAGAGUCACCGUGGACUUGCCCGAGAGCCCGUUUUUAUCGUCUCGAGGGAUUCUGCUUUUAGCCAGCUAGCUAGCUAGCGAUGAACACGGACGUGGAAUUUCACAUCAGGCAGAAUUAUCCGUGGACCAAGCUCCCAGCUAAUGUCAAACAGAGUUUGGGGAACUCCCAGCGUGAGUAUGACAAGCAUGUGCUGCUGUACAGCAUCCGCAACCAGCUGCGAUUCCGCAAUAACCUAGUGCGGCACGUGAGGAAGGAUGAGCGCAAGUACUACGAGGAGCUCCUGAAGUACAGCCGGGACCACCUGAUGCUCUACCCCUACCAUCUGUCUGACAUCAUGGUCAAAGGGCUGCGAGUCACUCCGUUCUCAUAUUAUAUCGGAAUCAUGGAGGAUAUUAUGAACAGUGAGAAGAGUUACGACUCCUUGCCCAACUUCACCGCUGCCGACUGUCUGCGGUUGCUCGGCAUUGGGAGAAACCAGUACAUCGACCUGAUGAACCAGUGCAGGUCUUCCAAAAAAUUCUUCCGCAGGAAAUCAGCGCGGGACCUGCUACCAGCCAAACCAGUGGAGAUCUCUGUGGAGCCGUGGUGGACGGCGCAGACAGGCUACAUCACCGAGGACGAUAUCAGGAUCUGUUCUCCAGCAGAGAAGAAAGCCAUUGAUAAGAUGAUAGAUUCUGGUCCUCAGCUGGCCGGAUCGAUGGAGUACAACGUGGUUUUAAGCUUGUACAACCGGGGCUUCAUCUACUUGGAUGUUCCCAUAUCUGAUGACAGCUGUAUCUCAGUGCCCCCGCUGGAAGGCUUUGUCAUGAACCGUGUCCAGGGCGAUUACUUUGAAACACUUCUCUACAAAAUCUUUGUGUCCAUCGAUGAGCAGACAAACGUAGCGGAGCUGGCGAACGUGUUGGAGAUUGACUUGGACUUAGUGAAGAAUGCAGUUUCCAUGUACUGUCGCCUCGGCUUCGCUGUAAAGAAAGGUCAGGUUAUCAGCUCAGAGCAGCUCCACCCCACCUGGAAGAACGCCCCAUCUCUCAACAGACUCAAGAGCACCAUGGACCCUCAGAAGAUGCUGCUGUCCUGGGAGCAGGGCAGUCCUGUCAUGGAGGGCGGCUCCUCAGCCACCGACACCGACACCACCAGUCUGGAAGAAGGAGACACAGGAAGUGUAAGCAGCCUGAGCAUCCCAGCUGCACCCACAAAGAGGAUUGCCUUCCUUUUUGACUCCACUCUCACAGCCUUCCUUAUGAUGGGCAACCUGUCUCCGAACCUGAAGAGUCAUGCCGUGACCAUGUUCGAGGUGGGUAAGCUGUCUGACGAGACUCUGGACAGCUUCCUGGCUGAGUUAGAGAAGGUGGAGAGCACAGCAGAGGGCGAGGCCCAGCGUUACUUUGACCACGCUCUGACCCUGAAAAACACCAUCCUUUUCUUGCGCUACAACAAAGAACUCACUCAGGACCAGGGACCUGAUAUCCCAAAUAUAGGUUUCCCCUUGGACAUGUUGCGCUGCGAGAGCCUGCUGGGUCUGGACCAAGCCACCUGCAGCCGUGUCCUCAACAAGAACUACAAGCUGCUGGUCUCGAUGGCGCCGCUCAGCAACGAGAUCAGACCCAUCAGCAGCUGCACGCCUCAGCACAUUGGCCCGGCCAUCCCUGAGGUGAGCUCCAUCUGGUUCAAGCUAUACCUGUACAAUGUGACCGGCCAAGGCCCGCCGUCUCUGCUGCUCUCCAAAGGAUCCCGGCUCCGCAAACUGCCAGACAUAUUCCAGACCUACGACAGGUUGUUGAUCACCUCCUGGGGUCAUGACCCUGGAGUCGUGCCUACGUCCAAUGUGCUUACCAUGCUCAACGAUGCCCUCACACACUCUGCUGUACUAAUCCAGGGUCACGGUAUACACGGCCAUGGAGAAACGGUUCACAUCCCGUUCCCCUUUGAUGCAGAAGAUCUGAAAGGAGAGUUCUCCUACUCCAACAUGUGUGUGCACAAAGCGCUGCUGAAGCUGAGGGAGCACGUGGACCUGGAGCAUCAGUGCGGCUACAUCACCAUGCUCAACUCUAACAACAGGCACCGUCGCAGGGCCAGCGACAGCACCGAGUGCAGAGGGGACACCCAUCUAGGUGGAGGCCUGGACACUAAUGGCAGCACUGAGUCCUUUGAGCUUGUGACAGAAGAAAACAACGGGGAUGGCAAAGUAAAGACAGACACCCUUUCAUCUGAAGACGAGUGGGUCCCUCUUGAGCUGUGCUUCGGCAUGCCCCUCUUCAGCUCCGAGCUCAACCGCAAAGUGUGUCGAAAAAUCGCCUCGCACAAACUCUGCAGCAACGAAAGCCUUCAAGAGCUUCUUCACUCGAGCCGAAAGCUAUCGCUGAAGGUGUUGAGCUUCGUUCAGUCAUUCCAGGACGGUGCCCAGCCCUCUGACCUGGACAGCGGCGUGUCGAACCCUCUCAGUCAGCCCCCGGCGGAGUCCGGUGUCCCCCUGCCCGCCCUUAACCUUCUCUUCAAGGACGGGCAGCUGAGGGAGUGGAGCGGGCGGGCCCCUCCUCCUCUGGACAUCUCAGCUCUGCAGAAGGACCAACCUUCAUAAGCCCCCUCCCCCUCCAAAAAACUUCCAGAUUUGGUCAGGAGGCGAAACGUCAUCUCAUCGAAAAGGACCACCCUCUCUCUGAGGAAAAUGUUAUUCAAGGUCCAGCUCUGCAUCUUGUCUAUCAGUAUCAUGGGAAAAUUAGCCCCGCCAGCACUUCAUUCACCUACUGUAUGAGGAAUCAUCUUCUGACAGUGUUGCCAACACUAGUUUUACCCCUCCCCUCCUCGCUCUUCCCCUCUGUGAUUCCUCAUAUUCGUAGCAAGGCAGUGUUAACUGUUGGAGUGGUGCUAUUAUCACAGUAUAUAACAGUGAUGCAGGUAAACAGCAUAUAACCUGGAAGACCAUUUAACUGGACACGCGCACGCUGUUCUCCACUGACUUCCCCUCCCACCCCACCCUUCAAUCAAUGGAUAUUCUGUGAUCCUUCAGAGCGGAGUGUAAAGUGGUUAUUAAUUGUAUAGAUGUUCUUAAAUCGACCCACAAAAUAAACAAAGUGUUGAACAGACAUCUUCAGGAAUCAUUUGACAAUAUGCAUAUUGUAGGACCAACUUUUUUGGACUCCAGACACAGACCCCGCUGCCUCCCUGUGUUGUCUCACGUUAGGUGAUCUGAUGCAUGAUACUGUUGCACAACUCGUACCAUAAAAGAAAUACUUUCCUCUUUACUUGUAAUCAAUAUUGGGGGCAUUUAUUAUUUGCACUGUGCGGGGUUUCUCUAAACCUGCAGAUGAAGUAAUGUCAUGUAAUUUCUUUUUUUUAAAAACAUUGGAUCCCUUGUAGUGCGCACAUACAGUAGAGCUCACGUUCACCACAAGACAGUGUUUCCUCUUGGAAACCGACGGGGCAUCAGAGAAACUGCAGCUUUUUUAUUCUUUGUUAUCUUUCUUUUUCAGUACACGAGAACACCAAAGACCGUUUUCUUUUCCUGUGUAUUUUUUUUUUUUUUUAAAUCUUCUGCUUUAUUGUCCUUCCUAUUACUUUGCUGCCUUAUCACUGUCAGCCAAUCAGAAACUACCAGGUCUGUGAUCAGAUCUCCGGAUUUGAUUUACUUAUGUUUAUUUGCCUUUUUUUUUUAGAUUAUACAAAUGAUUUAUGCACAUUUGAGUGUCUGUAACCAAUAGAAUCAACAGCAUCGGGCCACAAACUACCAGCUGUCACCCUGUUCAAGAAUUCGACAAGAUCAGCCAAGUGUACCUAAUUGCAUAGAACGGGAACAGUCAGGUCUGUGUGUUUGACCCAGGCCUGUUGCCACAGUUGCCUGCCAGUAUCUCUCCCUGGAUCAACUCCAGUUUGUGUGCAGUGCAGUGCAGUGCACUCUUGGCCAGCCCACCACACUCUCCAAGGGAUUCUGUUUACACCAUGUUUUGAAAAAUGGGGUUUGUAGUCUAGAGAGGCGAAGGCAGCGUCGCUGUGAAGGCUGUCACAGACCCAUGGGACAGAAAUGCUAAUGCUUUGCCCAGCGUUUCAGAGAUAUGAUGGCCCAAAAAGUAUCUGAAGUCUGUCAUGAAUUUUCAGUGUGGCUCCAAGAAUAUAGAGUAUUUUUAUUGCAUUUAGAGUGCUAACCUAUUUUGUUGAUUUUUAUUUUUUAUUUUAUUUUGAAGGAAUCUGCCUUCUGCAGCUUUGGACCCACUUGUGGUUGUUUCUAAUAACGUGAUGCUGACAUAGAAGAAAAAAAGAUUAACAUGAGGUCCCGAUGAAGCAUGUUGACUGUAGAAACUGUUGUGUGUAUGUUGUGUAUGCGUGUGUAUUGUACAUCUCACUCUUGGUGUGUUUUCAUACACGCCUACCUUUCACAAUAAGACCCUGACCCCCACUCCUGCCUGUCUGUUAUCUAGUUGCAGUGCUCAGUCACCCCCCCAUCCUCCCCCAGGUACACAUCCACCGCAGUGUUUAAAAAAAAAUGCUAGUUUUAUAUGUCAGCCUCUAUUUUAGGAAAUCUUUGUUGUAGCUUGUUUAAUGGGACUGUGAAUAUCAUUGAGUGAGUUAAUAAUAAUGAUGCUCUUGUAAUUAAAUGGGUUAAAAAAAAAAGAAGAAAGUGACAUUCCUUCAACAUGCCCUUCCUUCAUCCUUGCUCCACUUCCCCUCUGCUCCAGAUACAUGUUAUUAUUACAAAUAAAUAUGUAAAAAGUAUAUGAAAAUAUAAAUAAAUAUGUAAUAA